AUGGAUAUCUAUCAAUUAAUAACACAGGCUCAAUCAUCCGAUACUCAAACCAGGGAGGCUGCUGAGAACCAAUUAAGUUCAUCAUGUGACCAAAACGCAUCUCAAAUUUUUACUUCUUUAAUGAGCGUGGCUCUAGAUCCUAAAAGUCCUCUGUCCACCCGACAAUUCUCCUUACUAACCAUUAGGAAGUUUAUCACCAUGUAUUGGAGUCCAGGGUUCCAAUCUUAUAGAAAUACUUCUACUAUUCAAGAAAAUACAAAAGAAUAUAUUAGAAAUUCUCUGUUGCAAUUAUGUUUGGAUGAUGCACAAGAUACCAAGAUAAAGAAUAGUGCUUCUUAUUGUAUAGUGCAAAUAUCUGCGGUAGAUUUUCCUGACCAAUGGCCACAAUUACUAUCUACUAUCUACAUGGCUAUCGAACAAAAUCAUUCACUAAAUGCGCUGUCCUUAUUGAAUGAGAUUUACGACGAUGUUAUUUCAGAGGAAAUGUUCUUCGAAGGACAGAUAGGUAUGGAGACUUUACAAAUUAUCUUUCAGCUGUUAACUAAUAAUAACGCGAACUUGAAAGCUAAGAUAGCUGGGACAAAAUUAUUUAACGCAUGUCUAUUGCAAAUGUCCGUGGUGGAUUCUUCUUCUAAACACAACAGGAAAGAAUUUGUUAAAGAAUGUAUUUUUAAGGCUUUGGAAGUCCUAGGACAAUUGCUUGAACUUUAUCCAGUAAGUAACGAUUCUUUAAUCUUGAACUUGAGGACUAAGAUAUAUGAGAAUGUCGUCUUAAUUAGCAAUGAAUUUUCAAGGAAAUUGUUUACCCAAGCCUUUAAAGGACUUUAUAAAUUGCAAUCCUUCAGAGACCUAGAAGCAUGCUCCAACCAAUUCAAUGCUUUUUUAGAGAAUUUAAGUCAAGCUGACAAUGACAUUUUAGAAUCAAUGAAUGAAUGUGUGAUCCAUGUGCUGGAUUUCCUAACAUCUAUAAGUGAUUCUGAUUUUACUAUGCAAGAAAUAAACUUGAUCGUCCAGUCAUUAACCUUUCUCUGUUGUUUGGAUUCAGACACACUAGAACAGUGGUCAGAAGACUUCAAUGACUUUGUCUCAAAGGAGACUGGCUUACUUGCUAGUUUUACUAUUCGUGAUCAGGCAGCGGAGUUUAUGUCUGGUUUAAGCAAUCCAAAUUAUUCUAAUUUCUUUAACUCCAUUUAUGCACAAGUAAUUUACUCGCUAACCGGAGAUGUCAAUGAUAACCUAAGGGAAUCAUUGCUAUAUUUAUUACAAACCCUCCUUACAAAUGAGGAGGAUAAUGAUCAUGAUAUCAAUAUAGAACCAUCUGUGAUAUUAAAACAAUUUUCUUCCGUGUUUGAGAAUGGCUUACAAAAAACGUUUCUAUUAUCAAGAAUUAUCCUCUUGACUCCAAAGUUGUUGGAAAAGUUUAUGGAUCAAUUGCAAGAUGUAAAACAACUUACGGGAAAUUAUUUGAGAAGAACUUUGGACCUUGCAUUAGAGACUCACAAUGAAAUUAUUAAAUCUUCAAGUAUCAUUGCCUUUACAUAUUACUCAUACUUUGCUGAACUACCUUCCGUCCUUGGCCCAGAACUUUGUUCCAUUGUUCAAGAAAACACUUUAAAGAUAAUUUCCGAACUCUCAAAGGAGGCUGAAGAAGACACGAACGGUUUACUAAUGGAAACAUUAAACCAAAUUAUUUCAUGCAAUGUUCAUGAGAAUUUAAGUCCUGAAAUACUUCAAACCGAAUUCAAUUUAGUUUUAUCUAUCUCUUCGAAAGAUCCUGCCAAUGUUCAAGUUACAGUUGAAGCACAAGAUUGUUUGGAACAUUUACUAGAGGGUAUGAAUACCGAAACUUACCUGCAUUAUGUUGAUAUAUGCCUACCUUCAUUUAUUCAUACCAUCGAUGCAAGCGCCAUUAAUCAAUAUAGAUACACGCCAGUGCUUUCGUUAAUUCUAGAAUUCUUAACAAUCUUCAUGAAAAAAAAGCCUGUUGACGGAUUUUUGCCAACAUCGAUAAGUGAUUUUUCAUUUAAAUCACUAUGUAACUUGUUAUCCCUUUCAACAGAAGAUGAGACGUUGCAACUAGCAACUGAUGCUUUCAGCUACAUGGUAUAUAAUACGGAACCAUCAGCAAUGGUACCAAAAUUACAGGAUAUUAUCAAUGUAUUGGAUCGUUUAUUGUCAAUCAAUGUUUCGGACACCGCAGCCAUGAACGUGGGCACUUUAGUUGUUACUCUCUUCUCAAAAUUCUCAAAUGAAAUCCAACCAUUAAUUCCAACUAUUCUACGUGCAGCAGUAGGCAGAUUGAUUCAGGCACAAAAUAUCUCUACACAACAAAAUUUGGUUUCUUUAUUAUGUUUUUUGACUUGUUCGGAUCCGAAACAAGUUAUCGAUUUACUGUACAACUUUGAUAGUGAUCAUUCCACAUUUACCAAAGUUAUGAACAAGUGGUUUGAAUCCUUUGAAACAAUACGAGGAGAGAAGAAAAUUAAGGAAAACAUAGUGGCUCUAAGCAAACUAUAUUUCACAGGUGACGAAAGAUUGGGUAAACUAAUUGUCAAUGGUGAUUUAAUUCCGUAUGAUGGUGACUUAAUCAUUACCAGAUCAAUGGCGAAGAAAAUGCCAGAUAAAUAUACGCAAAUUCCAGCUUUUACUAAGAUUGUGAAGUUGUUUACCACUGAAUUAGGAUUUCAGAAUAAACAACCGGAUUCCAAAAUAUUAUUAGAAUCUGAUAUUAAGAAUGUUGACACUAGUAACAACAAAACCUCAGAAGAGGCUGCUGGCGACGACGAUGAAUGGGAAGAUGUUGAUGAUGUCUUAGACUAUGAAAAAUUACGUGAAUUUGUGGAUGACGAAGAUCCAGCCGACUUUGGAGAAAAUGAUUCUGAUGAGAUUACUGGCCUCGAUACCUUAAAGGAAACUAUUCCUGAGCUUUUGGUAGAAUUCUUUAAGGAUGUUGCAGCGAGGGAUUUAAAUGGCUUUCACAACAUAUACAAUACCUUGUCUGAAAAUGAAAAGAGAAUACUCACGGAAAAUUUGGUAUAA